GUUCCAUUCCACAAAGCAAGCAAGCUAGGGCUUGAGCUAGCUUAGUCCCCAUCAUGGCUUCCAGCAUGAAACUUAUGCUUUUCUCUGCUCUCAUUCUCCUCUCCUUCCAAGCAGUAUUCUCCGUAACCCCGCUGCAAUUUCAACAUCCACUAGACCCUUUAACCAAAGAAGAGAUAAGUCUUGUCCAAACCAUAGUCCAAAAGAAGUACCCCACCUCAAGCAACAGGUUGAGUUUCCACUAUAUUGGCCUUGAUGAACCCGAAAAGAAUGCCAUCCUCCAAUGGGAAUCCAUCAAACCACGCAUCAUAACAGUCCCUCGCAAGGCCUUGGCCAUUACUAUCAUCAAUAGCAUAACCCACGAGAUCGUAAUUGAUCUUAAAGCAAGGCGCAUUGUCUCUGACAAUAUUCACAACGGGAAUGGGUUUCCUACCCUAUCCGUUGAUGAACAAGCCGUUGCCAUAGAGCUGCCACUGAAAUACGGUCCAUUCCUUGAGUCGGUGAAGAAGAGAGGCUUGAACCUCUCAGAGGUGGUGUGCUCCACUUUCACCAUGGGGUGGUUUGGAGAAACCACAAACAGAAGGACCGUGAGGGUGGAAUGCUUCAUGAAGGAAAGCAGUCCCAAUAUCUGGGUGAGACCUAUCAGUGGACUUACAAUAGUGGUUGAUCUUGAGCUCAUGAAGAUCAUUGAGUAUCACGACAGUGGCAUCAUACCAGUACCAACAGCCGAUAAUACUGAAUACCGCCUUUCACAUCAGAAGCCACCAUUCGGCCCAAAACAACACAGCCUAGCUACCCAUCAGCCACAGGGUCCUGGCUUCACAAUCAGCGGCCACAGUGUUAGCUGGGCCAACUGGAAGUUCCACAUCGGAUUUGAUGCACGUGCCGGAAUCGUAAUAUCACUGGCAUCCAUCUAUGAUUUGGAGAAGCACAAGUCUCGUCGUGUGUUGUACAAAGGGUACAUUUCAGAGCUGUUUGUGCCGUACCAAGACCCAACUGAUGAUUUCUACUAUAAGACUUUCUUUGAUGCUGGAGAGUUUGGCUUUGGUCUCUCCACCGUCUCAUUGGUGCCCAACCGCGAUUGCCCAUCCAAUGCUCAAUUCCUUGACACAUACGUUCACAACGCUGAUGGUUCUCCAUUACUCAUUAAGAACGCCAUCUGUGUCUUUGAACAAUAUGGCAAUAUCAUGUGGCGUCACACCGAAACUGGCAUUCCAAACGAAUCGUUCGCCGAAACUAGAACGGAAGUCAACUUAGUCGUAAGAACCGUUGUUACCGUCGGCAACUACGAUAACAUCAUAGAUUGGGAGUUUAAAGCAAGUGGUUCAAUCAAACCCGCGAUUGCACUCUCGGGUAUAUUGGAAAUCAAGGGAGUGGAUAUUAAGCACAAGAAUGAGAUAAAGAGCGAUCAACAUGGUACCUUGGUGUCCGCAAACAGCAUUGGUGUUUACCACGACCACUUCUACAUAUACCAUCUUGACCUUGACAUUGACGGCGUAUCCAACUCUUUUGAGAAGACAAGUUUGAAGACAGUAAGAGUGACAGAUGGAAGUUCAAAGAGAAAGAGUUAUUGGACAACCGAGACUGCAACUGCUAAGACUGAAAACGAUGCAAAGAUAAUAAUUGGGACCAGCCCGGGAGAGCUUUCAGUGGUGAAUCCAAACAAGAAAACCGCAGUUGGAAAUGAUGUGGGAUACCGUUUGAUUCCAGCAAUCCCAGCUCAUCCUCUUCUAACGGACGAUGAUUGGCCACAAAUACGUGGCGCUUUUACCGACUUUAAUGUGUGGGUCACUCCAUACAAUAGGACCGAGAAGUGGGCUGGUGGACUCUACGUUGACCACAGCCAUGGAGAUGAUACUUUAGCUGUUUGGACAAAAAAGAAUAGAGACAUUGAGAACAAGGACAUUGUGCUGUGGCACGUUGUGGGAAUUCAUCAUGUUCCAGCCCAAGAAGACUUCCCCAUAAUGCCAUUGUUGAGCACUGCAUUCGAGCUCAGACCAACCAAUUUCUUCGAGAGGAAUCCAGUUCUUAAGACCCUUUCCCCCAAGGAUGUUCAAUGGCCUGGUUGCCCUAAGUAAAACUAUCCAUUUGCACCACCGUCAAACCAGCAGUGUUACAUUUCAUCAUUGAACAAUGUGAUAUGUUGUCUGUUUGUUGCAUUUCCGAGAAUAAUUAAAGAUUUGAUAUGUAUUAUUGCCAGCAAUAAUUUAUUAUCAGUUUGAAUGAAAAAUUUACUUACAGCUGCUUAUUUCUCAA